AUGCUAUCCCUUCCACUCCAGACUCUGUCAACAGCACAGGACACCGACGCCAGCGAGCAGAGGUUCAACUGGCAGAAAGAGACCAAUGACCUCACACUCAUCAUCGACAGCUAUGGUGCGCGCGGGGGUCUUCAGCUCAUGAAACUGUGUCAAGGCUCGCAGGUUCGGCAAACCAUCGAAAUCGAGAGACUGAUCAACGAAGGCAAUCACAUUACGCGUCUGAGUGAAGAGCGCGGAGUGCAGGUGCAGCCCGACCACCUACACAUAUCCGCCAUUGUGCGCUGCCCUCUGCUCGCUAUCAAAUGGCAGAUUGCCAACGACAAGAUCAGGCGCAUCCAGAUGAGGUUCAAGUCAGACAAAGACUUCGAUACCGCGUUCAGCCACCUCCUUCAUCUCGGUCUCUACAUGGGCGGCCAAAAGGCAGUCCCGUCUCAGCCAAGGUCUACGGCUCAGCCACCAUCGCCAGCGCGAGGAGGAUCGUCUUCCCGGCCAAGGUUAACUGCUGUUGCGUACCCUCAAAUGCCUAAUAUGAGCCCUGCUAUAGACAAGCACAUUCCGGACCUGCAAGAACCUCAUCGUACGUCUACGGAGCGACCGGACACUGCUAUGCUGUUCAACCGCCCUGGUAGUGCAAGUCGUCCCGGUACUGCGGAUCGUCCGGGCAGCACUGAGAUACUACCACCGAGACGCGAGCUUCCUUUCCCACGCUUAUCUUCGCCGCGCUCCUCCGGUAGCGACAGCGUGCGGCCCUCUACUGGCACAAUGGGGCCUCCUCCUCUACCAGCACGCGUAGCCAGUAACCGACCUGGUUCCAGCCGAAGCGCAACCAGCAAGGAGAUCGAACUCCCACCUCUGCCCCAACCCACUGUCAUCAGCAAGACCGCACGUGGAAAGCAACCAAUGCAACAGCCUCCUCGCACACCGAACCAAGACCAGUACAUUCCUGCACGCGCAAAGACAUCUCCACAUGGCGGCAUCGAGAAUCAGUCACCGUUGACAUCGUCUCCAAUCUCCUCUCCGUUAUCUUUCAAUCGGUCAAGUUUCAGCGCAAUCCCGACACCGCAACCUCUCGGCGAACGAAGUAAUGCUGCACAGAAUCUUCACUAUAGAAUGUCGUAUAGUGAUCUCGACACCCCACCCACAUCUGUUGCUGGUCACCGUCGUGUGAGCGUGUCAAAUCCAGGUGCUACUGUGAGUGUGAAUGAAAACGACCAGCUGGCGACAUAUGCGAUGCAGUCUGACGAGGGACGCAGAGCAGCGCUCAACGAAUUCGUCUACCGCCACCUGGAAAGCGACGACUUCCUCACGCUGGUCCAAGACAUGGAGGCGACUUGGGCGAGAGUUGUGAUGUGA